AUGAGUAGAUUCGGUGUCCUGGUAGUUGGGCCGGCAGGCUGUGGCAAGGUACUGUGCCGAAUCUCUCGGCAGAUGGAUGUUCCGCGCUGAUGAGGGUCACAGUCAACUUUCUGCGCCGCUUUGAUCUCUCAUAUCGCAAACACCAAGCGAUCAUGUAGGCAUCCUCCUGCACCACUCUUGGGUUCCUGGGAAGCUGAUACGAGAAGGUUUAUAUGUAAACCUUGACCCUGCCGCUACCGAGUUCGAGUACGAGCCCGCGGUCGACAUCAAGGAUCUGAUCACGCUCGAGGAUGCAAUGGAGGAAAUGGGACUCGGCCCCAACGGCGGUUUGAUGGCUUGCUUUGAGUUUGUUCAAGCCACACACACACACCCCUGACUUACAUCACUCGCGGCAUCCGCUGACUGGCCCCUUUCCAACUUUUCAGGUUCCUGAUGGAAAAUCUCGACUGGCUGGACUCCUCGCUCGACGACAUCGGUGAGGAUACGCUGGUGAUUUUCGACUGUCCCGGUCAGAUAGAACUCUACACUCACGUACCAAUCCUCCCGAACCUGGCGAAACACCUGACGGGCCACCUGCAAUUUUCCCUCGCUGCUUCGUAUCUGCUCGAAUCCACCUUUGUCAUUGACAAGUCCAAGUUCUUUGCUGGCACCCUGAGUGCCAUGAGCGCUAUGAUCAUGUUGGAGAUUCCGCAUAUCAAUAUAAUGAGUAAGAUGGAUUUGGUCAAAGGGCAGUUCAGCAAGAGGGAGCUCAAGAGGUUUUUGGAUCCGGACCCGGGGAUCAUCCUCGGUGAUGUGCACAAGGAGACGAAUCCGAAGUUUCACAGGCUCAAUGAAUGUUGGUGGACCCACCCAAAUCCUGCCACUUACGCCCGAUCCUUCAAGAGUUACCCUGACCGAGAAUGGCAUUGAUAGGUGUCGUUGGCCUAAUUGACGACUUCUCAAUGGUUCAAUUCCUGCAGCUCGAGAGUCAGGACGAGGACAGCGUCCAGGGAAUAUUGAGCUACAUUGACGACUGUGUUGGCUGGUCCGAGGUACAGGAACCACAGAUCAGGGAUGAACCUGAUAUGGAUUACACAGAACCAGUGGAGGAUUAGGCCUUUCUCCCUUUUUUUUGCUCUAUAUUGAUCUGUGGAGUGGGUUUCUGCCUUAAAAUUUUUCCGAUGGGAGAUUCAUGAAAUGCUAAUCAUCUAGCGCUUUUGCUUUAAUCUUUGCUCUAUGUUGUGAGUUCAGUGGCAGCGUUCUGUUGGAUGGACGGGUGAAGAUGUGCCAGUGCAGGAGCUACUAUAGAUGUCUUGCUCUUGCUGGAUUACCGUAAUUAAUGACUAAGUUACCAAG